CCCCCCCCGAACCGCCAUAUUUGUUUAGUUUGGUGAACGGGUGGGGGAUGGAAAAAGCGUAAGCGUAUCGGCGGCGUUAUUUUGUCAACACUAAGCAUUCAAUAAUCACCGUGUGCUCAUUGAAAAUGGUUUUAUCAUGCUGAUGGACUGCUGAAGUAAUGUGAUUGGUCCCGCGAUGUGGUUGCGAAGUGAGCACGUGGGUAGACGUCUCCGUGGUCGUAUCACCUCGAUCUCAAAGCUUCCCCGUCUGCAGACAGCUGGUGUUCGCAAGGUACCAGCAGCGAACAACAGUAGCCAACGCGUCACCACCUCGAGUCGUUGUAAUCGUCUGUCCCGUUGGCGUCGUCGUCCACCCUCUCUCCUGAAGGAAGCCUGCAAGGAGAAUGUCCUCCACUUCUCCAAAGCCCCACCAACACGUCGAGGUCCCCGUCUUCGCAAACCGAUAAAACGCUCGAUGGUGACGUCAACCCCAGCCCGUCGCCAGGAGCCGAAGGAUCCACCGAAGGGCUCAGAAGAAUCCAAAGAGAACUGGACGCUCUUCACUCAUCAAAAUGAUCCAAAUCUACCAAAACCCCAGACCACCGAUCCCCAGGACACUUCCAAACAAAUAACAGACCUUCUGUCACGCACCCUAGACCCCAGCCAGGACCUCUCGAGUCUCCUCCAAGAGGACUCCACCGAGGAUACCGAAAAUCCUCAAAACUCAGUUCUAUCAGUGGUCGAUAUACUCUCUCUCCACUACUCUGCAAUCUGCACAACUGAACAGACGGACGACUACUACAGCAACUUUAUGUCAUGCAGCUCUUCCUCGACACUUUCCACGAGUUCGUCCACCCUCUCCAGGUCUUUCUACCCCCCGUCAUCGACCCAAAAAUAUUACGAGAAUGAUUUUCAAAAGAGCAACGAUCUCGCCUCGUCGAUGGACACAUCAUCCCUCAAAUUUCCCAGCGCACCUGACGACAAUGGCAAUCUUGAUGAUAAAUAUCAGGACGUGGAGUACCAGGAGAUCAAGUACAUGGACGUUGGCUCCGAGGAGAUCGUCGACAGCUGUGAAAUGGUUACCCAGGUCCAGGAUGACUGGCUACCUUUUGAUCCAUACGUUUUUAUAAAGCAUCUGCCACCACUGACACCAGCUAUGAGAGCCAGGUGUCCAGCGUUGCCCCUAAAAACUCGUUCAAGUCCUGAAUUCAGUCUCGUCCUUGAUCUCGAUGAGACACUCGUUCACUGCAGCCUCCAGGAGCUAUCCGAUGCUGCCUUCAGAUUUCCUGUUGUCUUUCAGGACGUCACGUACACUGUAUUCGUGAGGACGAGACCAUUCUUCAGGGAGUUCUUGGAGCACGUGGCUGGACUCUACGAGGUGAUUCUCUUCACUGCUAGCAAGAGGGUUUAUGCUAAUAAGCUCAUGAAUCUUCUUGAUCCUACCAGAAAGCUCAUCAAGUACAGGCUCUUCAGGGAACACUGCGUCUGCGUCAAUGGGAAUUAUAUUAAAGAUUUGUCGAUCCUUGGGAGGGAUCUUUCUAAGACUGUUAUCAUUGAUAACAGCCCUCAGGCUUUUGGGUAUCAAUUGGAGAAUGGAAUUCCCAUUGAGAGCUGGUUUGCUGAUCGCUCUGAUAAUGAAUUGAUGAAGCUUCUACCAUUUUUAGAGAAUUUAGUACACUGGGGAGGUGAUGUCAGGCCACACAUUAGGGAACAAUUUCGAUUGUUCAGCUUUCUUCCACCUGAUUAAUUUUUUUUUGUCGGUGUUGACAUAUCGGGGAGGGCACAAUUGUCGGUGGAAUAUCGAUGAAUAUCUAUUGAUUUCACUUUUUAUCCCCUCACUACUUUAUUUCACUGUUUUCUUUUAUCGAUUGACUAAUGAUAAGCAACUUUGAGCCAUUUACUUGUCUCGGAGACAGGGAGAAGCAUUUUUUAAAAUCAAAUUGAUCAUUGAAUUUAUUUUCCCCGUGCAGGAAACAAUCGUGUAAAUGUAAGAUUAUUAUUCAUAUAAUUGGGCCGAUAUGAACAAAAUUAAAUGAUCAAAACUGUGGAGGAUUUUUUAAUAACAAUUUGAGAACGGCUGGCCGACGUCUUCAAGUCCCCGUUUUUUCUUUGGGCAUGAUCAAUUGAAAAACUGUUGGAAUUGUUUACAAAUAAUAUUUUGUAGAGAUAUUUUUUAAUAUUUUUCAGUUGUAGAAACGGGUGGAGUUCAGUGAACACCGUACUAUGGUAUUUUCCGUGCAAUUAUUUACACAAUAGAUUUCAAUUAAUUAAUUAAUAUCAAUUAAUUAUUUUUUGCUCCAUUUUGUCGAGUCAUUGUGUUAUUCUUCCGUCACUUAUUAUUUUAUCCCUCGGAUUGUAUCGUCUGAGAAGAAAAUAAAUAAAUGACUAAUUAAUAGAUUAAUUGUAAGAAAUAGGUAAACAAAUUGACCCAUAUAGCGGCUUCCCUGGAGACUAAACUGAGAGAAAAAUUAUUGGCGUGUCUUAGCUCGUUCUUAAAUUCACUGACUUAUUCUGAAAUUAUUAAAUUAUUGACUUUCUAGUUUAUUUUAUCGUUGAUCCUUCGACGAUUAAUGAUCAAUAAAUUAAUCAAUUAUUAAAAAUCGACGCAAUGCUCUGGAUUAUUGAUAAUUUUUCACGUCUCAGUCUAGCGCACGUCCAUCAAGGAACAAUAAACAAAUAUAUAUACAAAACACAUGAAUUAUUGUAUCUCAAGAUGAUGAUUUAAUCACUACUGUUAAACGUAAGGUAUGAAUGACUUGUUACAUGACUCAUGCAAUUGAGUAUUUUAAAAAAAUGUGAUUGCUUUAAUUUUUCAAGCCCAUGAGGAAUAUCAAAGGCAAAAACUGUAGAUGUUUUUACAAACAAUUAUUGUAUCAGUCUUACAACUAGCUCUUAAUUCAUUUUAUCGCACAGAUUUUUAUUUUACACUGACUAAUUAGUUGAGUCGAUAUUCAUUACACAAUUAUGUACCUAGAAUUCUAUUAUAAAUAUAUAUGAAAUGUAAAAAAAAGUACAAAAAUUGUUUUUUUUUUUCAUCCUGACCUCGG